AUCGAUCGCCAGUAAAUCGUCGAGCGCCGAAGAUGCAGCGAUCCAUGCCCCUCCUGCGACGCGCGCUGUCGACGGCGGCCAAGCCGCGCAAGCCUGAGUACCCGACCUCGUUCCUUGGCCACCUCAAGUCGCAAAAGCUCAACGUGUUCAACAUUGGUGUCACGGUCUUGACGCUCUCGCUAUCGAUCCAGCUUGUGGCGAUGAAGCAGGAGAAGGAGGCCGCCGAGGCCACGAACGCGGUCAUGGCCAAGCGCAUGGCCAAGCUCGAGGCGCGCCUCGCCGAGUUCAACGUCAAGGUGCUGACGGACGAAGAGGAGGCGGCCGAGAAGGAAGCCGAGGCCAUGCGCAAGCUCGAUCGCGAGCUUGAAGAGAAGGCCAAGAACGCGCCCAAGACCAAGGGCGUCAUGAUCUAAUGCAGCAGAAUGCACGCGGAAGCACCAUGACAAAGCA